AUGAUUGUGGCCUUUGUCCCACUUGUAGCAGUGUUGUGCCUUGACCCACCUGUGGCAGUGUUGUGCCUUGAACCACCUGUGGCAGUGUUGUGCCUUGACCCACCUGUGGCAGUGUUGUGCCUUGACCCACCUGUGGCAGUGUUGUGCCUAGACCAAACUGUGGCAGUUUUGUGCCUUGACCCACCUGUGGCAGUGUUGUGCCUAGACCAAACUGUGGCAGUGUUGUGCCUUGACCCACCUGUGGCAGUGUUGUGCCUUGACCCACCUGUGGCAGUGUUGUGCCUUGACCCACCUGUGGCAGUGUUGUGCCUAGACCAAACUGUGGCAGUUUUGUGCCUUGACCCACCUGUGGCAGUGUUGUGCCUUGACCAAACUGUGGCAGUGUUGUGCCUUGACCCACCUGUGGCAGUGUUGUGCCUAGACCAAACUGUGGCAGUGUUGUGCCUUGACCCACCUGUGGCAGUGUUGUGCCUUGACCAAACUGUGGCAGUGUUGUGCCUUGACCCCCAUGUGGCAGUGUUGUGCCUUGACCAAACUGUGGCAGUGUUGUGCCUUGACCCACAUGUGGCAGUGUUGUGCCUUGACCCACCUGUGGCAGUGUUGUGCCUUGACCCACCUGUAGUAGUGUUGUGCCUUGACCCAAUCCAACAGGGCCUCUGGCCCCCAGGGUAACAGUGCCUUUUGUUAUGUGUGGUGCUUCUAUAUAAAAUGUAGACUGUUAAGUCUGAACAUGAAUCUGUAUAUAUAAUGUCUCACUUACUCAUGGCCUUGUAUAAAUUUCAUACAUUAUUUAUGAAUGUUGAUCUGGGCUUUUGAUAGUGUGACAAUACCAAGUAUGUGGAUAUUUACAGCUUAACAUUCCAAGUUGUUAUAGUUUCACAGAAUGUAGAAAUGUGUGUUUAUGUUGAGCAUAAUUGUUCCAGAAGUAAAAUGUCCCCUUUGACAUAGUUUGUGAUCUAUUUACAAGUAUAUACAAGCUCUUUUCCAUUGUUGACGUUUUCUUUUUGUAUCAACAGAAUUUUUUCAUAUCACCUGACGUGUUUGAUGUAUAUGCUUUUCAAUAAAAUGGUAUUUCCAUA